GCUGCUCCGGGUCCUCGUACGUACUUCCGUCGCUCUGACGCUCCCAGAAACCCGGGCAUCGGGAAGGAGCGCAAAUUCCCCCUCCUUUGAGCCUCACGAGGAAAAUCUGGAGCUGGGUUCACCAGAGCACACCAGAGUGGCCACUGGAAGUCUCUCGCCGCGCCGCCAGGGGCGCGGCGCUCGGCCACAGUGUGCUGGCGCGUGGGCGGCGGCGUCAGUCUCCCAUCGGUGAUUCUGGAGAGGGCAGCCUGCCUCCCGAAGGAGUGGUCGCGGCCCCCGGGGGAGGGGGUGGCCGCCAGCUCCAGGGCCUUCGCCUCUCGCCUCAAGGGACAUCCCCUCGCCUGUACCCGCAGCUGUCACUUGUGUGUGCUGGCACGAGAGGGGACACGAGCUCCCUGGAGUCCCCCAGAAAGAUGCCUGGGUGUCGGAUCCGUCUCCAGGCUGCCCUCCAGAGCUGCGGAAGACAGCAGGCGGGAUAAGGCUCCCAAACUUUCCUUCGCAGCGGCAUUGAGAAGAAGCGUCUCGGAGAUUCCAGACUCUAGCAUCCAUAGGGGACAGGACCAAGGCUGUGUAGUGGAAGUUCCCCGGAGCACUGGAGGUGGCCUAAGGGGAGAACACUAAGGCAAGAGAGGUGUCCGCUUCCCUGCACCCCAGCAGUGACUGUGACCUCCGCAACACCCUCCUCCCCGCACGUGCUCGUGGCGGGGGUCCAGCGGGGCUGGUUGAGCGAGGCGGCGGUGCUCUGGCUGCCCAGGGGCGCAUGGAGGCGCCGAAGGGGGCUGUGAGGCUCGCCUGCGGCGCGGGGCCGCGCCUUGGCCUCCCGGGGGACCCGGCUGGCCUCUCCCCGCACUUCCUGCAGCUGGGCUCCGGGGCGUGAGCGGCGCGGCGGGACAGGUGUAGCCCGCAGUGACGGGUCGCGCGUGUAAGAGGGUUGAGCCCGCUCAGCUGCCUGGAGUUGACUCACUGCUCCAGGAACUCAGCAGGCAGGGUCGGCGUGUCACUUUGCUACACAGAGGCCACCGCCUCGGGCUGUCAGCGCGCCGCGGGGGACGGGAUCCUGUUUAUUGAUCGCGGUCGCCCAGACAGGGUGCAAAUGCUCGCCACCCUCGGCGGGCCGGGAUCUGGCUCUGGCUCCUGGACUUAGGUGGCUCACUGGGCCCGCGCCGGCGCCUCCCCCAUGCUGCUCGGAGCAUCGUGGAUGUUCGCGUCCAAGGCGGCGGCUACUACAGCUCGGGGCGAGGGCGACGCCAGGCAGGGUGAGCAGCAGCAGGAGGCCCAAGCUAGGACUGACGAGGAUAUGGACGAGUCAUCGCUGCUGGACUUGCUGGAAUGCUCCGUGUGCCUGGAGCGCCUGGACACCACCGCCAAGGUGUUACCAUGCCAGCACACCUUCUGCCGCCGCUGCCUGGAGAGCAUCGUGUGCUCGCGCCACGAGCUACGCUGUCCCGAGUGCCGCAUCCUAGUGGGCUGCGGUGUGGACGAGCUGCCCGCCAACAUACUGCUGGUGCGACUGCUUGAUGGCAUCCGCCAGAGGCCCCGCACCGGUGCUAGCCCGGGGAGCAGCCCUCCUGCGCGUCCGGGCCCCAGUACGUUCCCAGCGCUGGCUGGGAUCCCUGGAGGCGCGACCGGCAGUCCCCCGCGCUCUCCGGUCUUUCUUCCAGCAGAGGCAGGCAGUUCUACCUCCGCUUUGUGCGACGUGGCGACUAACAGGAGCGUCCCAGUGGCUAAGAAUCUGUCCCAGCUUCCCUAUGGCAAGGCGCUCUACAGCUAUGAGGGAAAAGAACCUGGUGACCUCAAGUUCAACAAAGGGGACAUCAUAACCCUGCGGCGCAAGGUGGAUGAGAAUUGGUACCACGGGGAGCUGCAGGGCACUCACGGCUUCCUGCCAGCCAGCUACAUCCAGUGUGUCAGGCCCUUGCCACAGGCUCUGCCCCAAGGCAAAGCACUUUAUGAUUUUGAGAUGAAGGACAGAGACCAGGACAAAGAUUGUCUGACCUUUACUAAGGUCCUGGUCAUUCAAAAUGGCUCCAGAAAAAAACAAAAAACAAAAAACAAAAAAAAAACAAACAGGAAAGAAAAACAACCUCGUAUUCUCUUCAAGGAUGAAGUUUUAACUGUGAUCCGGAGAGUGGACGAUAACUGGGCAGAAGGCAUGCUGGGAGACAAGGUCGGCAUUUUCCCACUCUUGUAUGUGGAGCUCAACGACUCAGCCAAGCAACUCAUUGAGAUGGACAAGCUAUGCCCUGCUGCCGCCACUGCAAGCAACUAUGAUGCCCUCUUGUCCUCUGACCCCAGCACAGUAGCCAGUGUGGCCUCAGGUCCCACCCUCAGUAGCUCAGGGGCAGUCAGUGCCUUUCAGCGACGAGUAGACAGCAAGAAGAAUGCCAAGAAGCGUCACUCAUUCACUGCGCUCAGUGUGACACACAAGUCCUCACAGGCUGCCAGUCACAGGCACUCCAUGGAAAUCAGUGCUCCGGUGCUGAUCAGCUCCAGUGAUCCACGAGCCGCAGCCAGGAUUGGGGAGCUUGCCCAUCUGUCCUGCCCUGUAACCACCCAGGACUCCUCUUCUGCGGGACCUGUCCCCACAGCCGUCCCACGAGCUGCCGCGGUGGCUGGAGAACAGGGCGUGUCUCCCAAAGUCCAGCUGCCCCUCAACGUGUACCUGGCUCUCUAUGCGUACAAGCCCCAGAAGAACGAUGAGCUCGAGUUGCGCAAGGGUGAGAUGUACCGUGUGCUGGAGAAGUGUCAGGACGGCUGGUUCAAGGGGGCGUCACUAAAAACCGGGGCCUCAGGGGUGUUCCCUGGGAACUACGUGACACACGUCUCCAGGGUUCCUGGAGGAGGGGCUGGGUCACCCUGGAAUAAUGUACUCGGAGGGUCUCCACUGGCCAAGGGGAUGGCCACCAUUAUGCACCCUGGAGGUGGCAGUUUGAGCAGCCCAGCCACUGCCACCAGGCCUGUUCUGCCUCUCACCACACUACAGGAUCAUAUGCAGCACCCAGCCACCUCCCUACCAACUGGUAGCUGCCUCCGGCACUCCACUCAACCAACUGCCAGCCAAGCAGGGGGUUCCACCAUCCCAACAGCUACCCAUCCCUCAGCCCAGGCCCUGGACCGACCAACCGCCACCGUGUCGCCCCUGCGAACUCAGACGUCUCCAUCCCGUCUGCCUGCCACCAGCCUCCGACCCCGCUCCGUGGUGUCCCCACAGCACAGCCAGCAGCCCCCGACACAGAUGUGUCCCCGGACAGCCAUCCCUUUCACAUCAGCAGCGUCUGCCAUCACACCCCCCAAUGUCAGUGCUGCCAACCUCGGUGGGGAGGUUGGAGGGACACCCAUCGGUGGCCUGUCCAUACCCAGCCCCAUCAACACAGGGUACAAGCCAGAUGACAAGAAAAAUGAAAAGAAGGAGAAGAAGAGUGGACUGCUGAAGCUGCUAGCUGGGGCAUCUGCCAAGAAGAAGUCACGCUCCCCACCAUCUAUAUCUCCAACCCACGACCCCCAGUCGGCCAUGGAUACCUCACUGCAGGGUGCCAUGGGCCCUGAAGUGUCCCCAUUGACCGUCCAUGGCAGGGCAGGCUCCUGCCCCGUAGAGAGUGAGAUGCAGGGAGCCAUUGGCUUGGAGCCACUGCACAGAAAAGCUGGCUCCUUGGAUCUGAAUUUCUCUUUGUCCCCUUCUCGGCAAGCAACUCUGUCCAUGGCUUCCAUCCGCCCUGAACCAAAGCCACUGCCCAGAGAGAGGUACCGGGUGGUGGUCUCCUACCCACCACAGAGUGAAGCAGAGAUCGAGCUAAAGGAGGGUGAUAUUGUCUUCGUGCACAAGAAGCAUGAAGAUGGCUGGUUCAAGGGGACUCUGCAGCGGAAUGGCCGCACGGGCCUCUUCCCAGGCAGCUUUGUGGAGAGCUUCUGAAGACUGCUGCUCAUGUCUCGCUCUGCCAUCUGGGAGAGGGUAGCGCAGAAAACACUCUGUGAGCAGAGGAAGCCUUACCACCUAGGACCCAAGGCCUUUCUCAAGCACCCGCCAGGAACAACUGGGCCGGGGUGGUAACUCAGUCGUGAAGGCCACACCAAUUGAAAGCACACGUGGACGUCCCUGAUGUUAAAGUCCUUAUUGAAAGCACACAUGAGUGUCCUUCAAGACCAUGCCAUGAAUCUCAGUGAGCAGUGCAACAGAACAAGUUGCCCAUGUAGACAAAUGCACUACUAUGCCACCCAUCAGCUAAAGCAAUAUAGCUGUCUGUGCAGGGUUGGGAGCCCAGGGGGUAUAGAGUGGGCUGUGUGCUAGGGCUGGCAGCAAUGAGGAGUAACUUCCCUGGCUGCCCUGGGUAGCAUCCCUCUAUAUACCUCUGUCACCUGCCAUCGAGCCCCACAUCAAGGGCAUUCAUGGUUCAGGAGCCUCAUGUAAGGGCCCUGAGUCUCUCAGGGUGUCCAGUGGGCGGUCCUGUCGGGCACUGCAGAAUCCUUAUGGCUUUGUCUCCUACCAGGAUAAUAAGGAACACCUUUUGGUUUCGCCACCACUGUCUCUGCAUUGCUUCCUUCUUAUGGCACCUUUUUAAUGUACAACUCUUAAACUUUCUAUAUUUCUAAUAGGUCAGACACUGCAUAUUUUUCAUACAUCUGGUGCUGAUUUUUGUAAAACUAGAAAUCACUUGGGUAAGCUUCAAGGGGAAAAAAUGAGGUAACAUCAGAGGAAAGUUUUAUAUAUUUCCCAUAUGAAUUUUGGAGCAUUUUGAGAAUUCCUAUCUGUAAUAUCAAAAUGUUGGCUGGUACUCCAUUAGGUGAGAGAGAGAGUCUGCUGAGAUGGUCACCUGGAGUUGCAGAGUGUCUUUCCUGGCUGUUGGAAAUAGCCUGAACUACAUUCACCAUCUAUAUAGGAGUAAUUAUGAUUUCAAAAAAAAAAAAGGAAACAUUUUGAGGAAUUUAUUCUGCCUUUUAAGAUACAGGGAAACACACACACACACACAUACACACACACACACACACACACACACUGACCCUUAAGCUUCCUUUGAUCACUUUAGAGAGAAUGACUAAAAAUAGCAUUCUUAAAGCACAUCUUGCUGCCAAAAUACAGCUUUUACAACAGCUCAGACCACUACCUUGCAAAGAUUUCUUUCUCCAUGUCAAAAAUAAGUAACUUCCCAUAUCAGGUCAGGCAAAAUUCCAUCUGCUAGAGACCAAAGGUACAACGAUGACACGGGUCUGAUAAAUAACUACAGACUAAUGGCCCAGAGACGCUGGAAAAUAGGAUGGUCCCUUUGGCCCUGGGGCCUUCAUUCACUCGAAGUUUGCUUCCCAAGAGAUUGGCCUGAAUGGCUAUCAAGAGGUGUGAGUGUCACACUUUAGGAACACAUUUUGUUUUUCAUCUCAAAUUUGUGAGCCUUUGUCUACAUUUUUACAAAACCACCCAGACUUGUGUCAAGCUUCAAUAGCAGAGGCUAUCACCAGUUUUCAUAAUAAAAUAAGGACCACUUGUUCUCAAAGCUAUUUGGGGACAUGAUUUAACUAGUUGUGACUGCCAUCUGGCUGUCACAUGGAAGCAUUGAUGCCUAUAGCAAUGAUGCCUAUAGGAAGUCUCUUCCUCCAUCGUAGUAGACUUAUUGGAUAAGAAUAUUAGACAUAAGAAAACUGUACUAAGCCAAAGAGAAACUCUAGCUUAGGCAUAGGGAUCCCGGUAUGCAGGGUUAGUGACAACCAAGAGAUAUCUAGUCACUGCCACUGCUAAAUUACUUUCCCAUCCAUGCACAAAAGAUCUAUACAUGGCUGAACCCAUGCUGUCACUUAGGAGGUUCACAGAUCUACAUCCUGGGAGAGAUAUGUUUUCAAUGGAGCCACAACUCACUCCAGUUUCCAGACGAUAAAAGUCCCCUUUUCCCCUCCUCAACAAGAUCAACUUAGAGGCAACAGAAUAGACAACUUUGACCUGUCCUCCUCUCUCAUGCUGGCUACUUCAUGGUGGUGAGGAGGUAGCAGCUCAAUAGGAAGCUGAGGAAAGUAUCAAGGGGUCUGGAAACAUCAGUCAUGGCUUUGCAUAGGAAUUACCUUGGGGAGGCAAGCAGGGCCCAGGGCUCAUUUCCAGGUGGGGCAUUUUAAAAUACACAGUAAAGCCCAUGGCCCAAGUAUUUCGAAUACUCUGAGACCCUUUAGUUUUCCAAAUCAUGUAUUCCCCAGUCAAGAACAGAAGAAAGGUACCUUUCCUGAGGUCAUCUGCCCUUGAGGACACAUCUUCACUACCAAAAUGAAGCCAGCACCCCAUCUAGAACCUUCACAUUCCAUUCUGGCCAAAUACAGUAGUAUUUGGUGGCCAGGUGAUUUUCCUUGACUAUUCUCAGCCCUUCAGAUUGAGGGUCACCAAGGAGACAGGACAGUCUGAGAGAGACAAGAUGGUUGGCAGUGGGGUAUGAAUACUGGCUGGGCACUCCAGUGGACUUGGAAGCCCUUGUACUUUGCACAACACACAUACACACAAACGUGCAAGCACGUGUCCCCAGCCCCACAUGUGUUUCUAUUAUACAUCAAUGUCAGUAUGUAAUUUUGGAUGAAUUGACAGUAGUGGCAAACUGUGUUUCUGAGUCUUUAAAUAAAAAUGACCAUGGA